AGCAAAGCGAGCAUCCACAUGACCGGCGAGAAACCGCAGCAGGUCGUAUUUGGACAGAAAGACUUGUGUACGUUGAAUACGUGCAAGCGCUCAACAGGGUGACGUAAUAUAGUGGGCGUGGAAAACAGACAUCAACAAAAGGAAAAGGAUUCAGAUUGCAGACAACAGAAGGAGGUCGGGUACGGAAAACAUGUAUAUCUGACAUUUCAGGAUUUCGAUCGCUGAAAAAAAAAAAAACAAGUUUAAAUCUCGACAUGGAGGCCUUCAAACUCAUGAAGGAGCUGAAGGCAAACUGCGAACAGGAAAUGUUUUAUCUUCCGAAGGAGUCAGGACUUAAUUUAAUCGAGUCUACUACCGAGCAGGGGAAGGGAAUCUCGGCGAAAUGUCGCGAUGCCAAAGUGGAGGACCUCUGGAGCUUGACCAGUUUCUUUGGUUACAGCACGGAGACCUUCGUCCUGGCUGUGAAUCUGCUGGACAGGUUCCUAGCCAUCAUUAAGGCACAACCCAAACAUCUGGCAUGCAUUGCCAUUAGCUGUCUGCACAUCGCCACCACCGUGGUGGAAGAGGAGUGCAAUGUGGCUUCCUCCAACGAGCUGCUCCGCAUCAGCCAGUGCAAGUUCACCGUGUCCGACCUCAGCAGGAUGGAGAAGAUCGUCUCGGAGAAGCUCAACUUCCAGUUCAAAGCCAUCACUGCCUUAACCUUCCUGCGCUUGUACCGGGCAAUCGCACUGUCGCAUACCUCACACAGGAAAGAAGUCCUGAACCCAGACAAGCUGGAAGCCCAACUCAAAGCCUGCCUUUGCCGAAUAGCAUUUUCCAAAGCAAAACCAUCGGUGCUCGCGCUGUCCCUCCUCACGCAGGAGAUAGAGUCUUCACAGUCCGCCGAUCUACUAGAAAUCGCCCAACGCAUUCAGACGCACUUGCGGGUCCCCAAGCCGGAGCUGCAGAGGUGGCGGGGCCUGGUGGCCCAGUGCCUGGAUCGGUACUCCUCCCCUGAGUGCUCCAAGCCCGACCACAGGAAGCUGGUGUGGGUUGUGUCGCGGCGCACGGCCCAGAACCUCCACAGCAGCUACUGCAGCGUCCCCGAGCUGCCCACCAUCCCGGAGGCUGGCUGGGACGAGAACGAGGGUGAUGACUGGAGCGAGGAGCUGAGCUCCGGCGAGGAGUCUCUCAGCAGUUCACUGGGUAGCGACGCAGAGGGGCCAUAUUUCCCUGCCCACUUCCACAGGCUCGGCCGCAAGCAUCAGGCCGCCUGAACCGCCCGGAGAGCAGCGCGGCUGCCCGAUCAGAGGCCGACUGUUCUGCUACAGGAAGGGACCUCUGAGAGGCAGGUGCCACGGCCACCUGCCUCUCAAUGUGCGGCUAUAGCCGCCGUCGCGUCAACGGCGACCGCACAGAGGAGCGCCACUGUGCCUGGAUUCAGCCCAGCAAGCUACUUGGAACCUAGCGUGGCCCGGCGCGAGUUUAAGCGGACAUACUCCAGGGCCUGUCCGACUACUGUAUCCCUCAUUUAUCCUCAUUUCCUUUUUGUCUUGAAGUCUAUGCUAAAGUGGAAACACACAGAAUUGCACAACCGAGGCAGCUAAAAUUUACAGUACGAGAUGUUUAGGUGCGGUGGGGGUGUGCUUUUAUAGCUGUAGUAUUUUAAGUAAUUGGUGCAUGUUCAGAUUUGUCACAUUCCAGGUGAUGUAACAGAACACAUCCAAGGUCCAUUAGACUGUUAAAUAUCACUUAGGACUGUUGAAUUCUGGGAAAUUACUCAGAACAUAUACUUUGCACAGUUUUUUUUUUUUUUUUUUUAAACCUGUUGUGGAUAUGUAGCAGAGUCUAUAUGCCACCCAAAAAAAGGUAUUAUCUUUCUGAAUGUGUGUUCAUCUUAAAAAGAGGAGCCAGAUUGUGUGUUGUAGCCUGUAUGUGUAUGUAGGAGUGUGAUAACCUCUUACACUUGCCAACUUAAGUUAAGGUAUAAUUAGCCCAAAGGUGUGUAUGUAUGACAAAGGAAAAAAAAAAAAGGCCA